AUGAAUCGCGAAUCCGCCUCAGCAGUCGGCGCUUCGUUCUGCAGUCCGUCGUUCGUGUUCUAUCGUCUGUUGUCCGUCGAUCCACCGCCCACCAGUCCGACGCCCGCCGUUCGUGUUCUAUACUUUUUUGUUGUUGUUGAUUCCACUGUCUGUCGGUCCGCCACCCACCAGUCCGCCGCCGACCAGUCCUGGGCUCGUCGGUCCGUCGCCCGUCGAUUGCAGCAGCCGCCCACGAGUCAACGAAAUGAGGAAGUUUCAAAGGUUGUUAAUCAAAAUGCUCCCGGAAACAAUCAAAUGAUUUCUCCAGCAAUUCAAAAAGACCUUACGCGUGCUUGUGCCUCUGAGAUAACACUUUCCAUAAUCGAAGAUAUUGGAAACAAUGUUUUCUCCUUAAUGGUUGAUGAAUCUCGAGACAUUUCAGAUGCUAUCAAUGCUUUAUUUGUGAAACAUGGAUUAUCAUUAUCUAGACUGAGAGGGCAAGGAUAUGAUGGAGCUUCAAAUAUGCGGGGUGAAUUCAAUGGGUUGAAAUCCUCAUUUUGCAAGAAAAUCCAUAUGCAAGAUAAAGUCAACACAUUUUGUGAGUUGAAUGAGAUCCCAGUGCCGUAUAUGAAAGACAAUUGUUUGAUUGGUGGUCGUAGUAGACGUAGAAGGCAAGUCAUCACCAAUUUACAUUAUUAUUGUGUGGAGAUUUUCUAUCAGGUUGUUGAUUCAGUUAUACAAGAGAUGAAUACUCGUUUUUCAGAAGUUGGCAUAAAAUUGCUUAGUUGUAUAACAUGUCUUCAUCCAAGAAAUUCUUUUUCUGAAUUCAAUGUUCAGAAACUUGAUUCAAAUUUUUCUGGAAUUGAAGAUUUGGGGAGUUUUGCUCAGAAAAUUGUUGAAACUCUAAAAAAUCAAGCUUAUCCAUUGGUUUAUCGUCUGAUUGAGAUGACAUUAGUUUUACCAGUUGCGACCGCUUCUGUUGAAAUUGUAUUUUCUGCGAUGGAGACGAUAAAGACUGAUUUACGUAACAGAAUGGGAGACGAGUGGAUGAAUGACAGUCUAGUUGUAUACAUCGAGAAAGAUUUCUUUUUAACAAUUGAAAAUGAGCAAAUAUUAUAG